AUGGCUCUAGGUACCACCUCGGCGAACUGUGUAGUCCCAGCCGCAGCCGGAGACGCGGCCACAGGCCCAGCGGCGUGGGAGGGCGUCGUCCACGACCUGAACUGGUCGGACGGGACGGCGCCCAGCGGAGCAGCAGCCGGAGCCGUAGUCCCAGCCGCAGCCGGAGACGCGGCCACAGGCCCAGCGGCGUGGGAGGGCGUCGUCCACGACCUGAACUGGUCGGACGGGACGGCGGCCAGCGGAGCAGCAGCCGGAGACGUAGUCCCAGCCGCAGCCGGAGACGCGGCCACAGGCCCAGCGGCCUGUGUAGUCCCAGCCGCAGCCGGAGACGCGGCCACAGGCCCAGCGGCGUGGGAGGGCGUCGUCCACGACCUGAACUGGUCGGACGGGACGGCGCCCAGCGGAGCAGCAGCCGGAGCCGUAGUCCCAGCCGCAGCCGGAGACGCGGCCACAGGCCCAGCGGCGUGGGAGUAA